UGAGAUAAAAAGUUUAUAAAACUUGAAAGAAAAAUAUAAAUCCGCAAAUCCUCAAUUAGCGUUAUUUCUUUUGGUUUGCUCGAAUAAACGGAUGGCAGUAAUGGCUAGAUGGAGUUGGAGUAAAAUUGGAGAACGAGUUUCCAAUAAUAUAUAUAAUUACAGAAUAUACAGAAACGAUGAGAGAAUAUCGUGGGUCUUUGACCAGCCAUGCUGAUGCACACGUCCCAAUUACUUGAGCAAAGAGUAAAGAUUUCGUGUGAGUUGUUCAUCCCGAACAAGCUUUUUUUUUCUUUCUUUAUUUUACUCUUCGAGAUUUUUCAAAUUUUAUUUUAUUUCUGUUCACCUCACUCGUUACUCUACCUCCAGUUCAUUUGAGAUGUUACGUGUCACGUCAUCAUUACUCGUGUUAAUACAACUAAACUCUAUUGUUUCAAUUGCACAAGAAAAUCAUUCUCCGGUUCUUCUGUUUCCUAAAAAUUCCGUUUUUCAGUUUACUAUUGGAGUGUCUGUGCCAUUGUUAGCAACUAAUAAAAAAGGUAACGUUGUUUUCUCAGCUGGAUUUCAAUUUAAUUAUGCACUGCCCUGGAAUUUAACUCAAUUACAAUCACCGACUAUUGUUCCCUCACGUCAUACUGAUGACUUUGAUCUAAAGAAUAUUUAUAUGUCUAUUGAAAAUUUAUUAGAUCGUGUACCGCAGUGGAUUAUCGAAUUUCCUAACCUACACCCACGUUAUUUUAUAUAUUAUAUACGAAGGACGUUAACUGCUGCGUUUGCGUGUCGACAAUGGCACUGAAAAUCCCCAGCGAUUCCUGCUGCUGAACGGUUUAGAAUAAUACACAUUUAUUUGUUUAAACGAGAGCAAAUAAAGUAUUUAAGUUGUAUCAACUCGU